GUGACCUGUUUGCCGAGGCUAAGGUGACGAAGUUCCCGAGUGAAGUGAUUACACCUGUCAACGAUAGUAGUCGAUACUUCGCUCUGCGUAUAGAAAAUGACUCAGGUCGUCAUGCAUAUAUUGGCUUUGGCUUUGCCGAUCGAGGCGACGCCUUUGACUUCAACGCAGCCAUUCAGGACCACUUCAGAUAUGAGGCGGAGGAAGAGAAGUCGAGGAAUGCGCCCAAGCUGGAUUCUGGCCCUAAAAAGGACUACAGUAUGAAAGAGGGACAGAGUAUCAAGAUCAAUUUCGGGAAGAAAACAAAAGCAGGUGCCACCACUGCACCCUCCAGUAGUGGAGGUUCCGAUUUUGGACUGGGCGGGCUUUUGCCGCCACCACCCCCCGGCGCUGGUUCUAAAAAUAGACAACGGACACACUCACCCACACAACAAGUAUGACUAGUUACCGGAAGUGUUUACGCUUAUACCAUGUCAUAGGUCGUGUUGGUUUGGGUUGGUUUGGUUUUAGUUUAGGAUCAUGCUGGGUGUCGUUUCUGUCAACAGGACACGGGAGCAACCAACUCUAAACCCUAAAUCGAAUCAAUCGAGGUAUUUUUCGUACACUGUCAAAAACCCAAAAUCCCUAAACCCCUAAUACGCACAUACGCGCACAUUUUCUGUAUAUCUACCUGACAACCCCCUAAAACUCUAAAACCCUAAAUUCCUAAAACCUAUACGGGAAAACCCCAAAUUCCCAAAACGUAUGUGUGCGCAUACUUCUGUAUAGCAACAUAACACUCGUGAUUUAAUCACGUGUUCUCUGCUUUGGUCCUAUCAACCCGAACAGCCCGCCAAAUCACCGUCGCCUAGC